AUGACAGGCAUAUCAGUUACCGGUAUCACUCACACGCUCACCCCAACAAUCUCUUCAUUCACGCGCUUCUCACCCACUUUUUUCUCUUCUAACUUUCAUCUUCGAGCUGCUGCUUCUUCUUCUUCAACUACAUUUCUUGACACCAAUCCAACUGUGGAUUCCAUCGUAGUUGAGAAGGAAGUUACUCGGAGCAGCAAUCCCUUGGCUUGUCCUGUAUGUUACAAAUCGUUAAAUUGGACUACUCGUCAUGCUUUGUCGAUAGAUACCAUCCCUGGAUCUAGUUUACAAUGUAGAACCUGUCAGAAAGCAUACGUUGGUAACCAAACGCAUCUUGAUCUCACGGCAAUAAGCGGUGCUAAGAACUAUGGUGAAUCCAUGCCAGCUUCCACUGAGCUUUUCAGGACGCCGUUGAUAUCAUUUCUCUAUGAGAGGGGCUGGCGUCAAACCUUUUCUGUAUUGGGUGGUUUUCCAGGUCCCGAGAAAGAGGUUCAUUAA